GCACAACCCUGAAACACACACACGUCCACGUACAUACACACGUGGACUCCGCCCUUCUCCAGGUUCACUCAGGAGAAAUGGAAAAGGUCGGGGGUGGAGGCGAAAGACGCCCUGUUAUAGUCAACUAGUCAUUAGCUCCACCUCAGGAAGCAGCAAACCGUGCACGCAACGAUAAAACGUGUUCCUUGAAGGAAUCUGCAAAGAUUUAGAAACGACCUUCAGCUGAGGUAUUUGUGAGGCCGCCCAGUCAUGGUUGAAAUUGGGAUGGGUGUUUUCCCCUAAUCAGGCACUCUUAUUAACAAUCUGAUGCUUCAGUGAAUGGAGCUGCUCUCCAGCCGCGGUGUUAGCUGCGGGACCUCCAGGACCCUCAGAACGCAAGCUCGCCUGAGUUCUUGGUUUCCAACAAAAGCGUGGUCACACCAAAAACUUCUAUCACAGAUGGGAAAACGGCCCCGAAACUUUCUUUUCCCUGGAACCCUCACUCACUCCCCUCCUACCCCGCCCCCUGCGUUAUGCGCAUCGCCUCGGGAGCUGAAUAACCUCUUCAUGUAGAACGCCAACUCUGCAAAAUCCCAGGAGCUAAACCGACCAACCAGCCUCCCGGAAUAGAGAAGCAAGAAAACAGCAACCCCCAGCCACAAGCCGCUGUUUUCCCCGAGUUUAAAAAAAAAAAAAAAUUAAAAAAAGUCCCAUCGCCGCGCAAUGCGUGCUAGGAUAAGUAGUUCCUUCAACCGGCGAGGCCUGGGAUCAGUUCGGAGCUCAGGUUGACUCCCCCGAAGAGUACUACAGCUCCCGUCGUACCCUACGGCAGAAUGGAAGGGGCGGGACGGGAGAGGACGCGUCGCGCUUGCGCAGGUCGAGAGGCCGGAGGGGAGGAGGAGAGCAGCGGUGGAACUGCUAAAGCGUCUCCAUGUGACAGUGAGCUGGGUUCCAGCUCCAGGCGCCGCCCGACCCCAAGCACUGUCCACUGUCCCGGCGCCAGCAGACACCAACAGGCGGGGGACGCCUAGUGUUUGGCCGUGCCGCCAGAGGACUUGGGGUGCGGAGUGAAUUGUAGCCGCCGGUGCAGGUGCCUGAGGGAACCCGCUGAGACCCCUACGUCUCCGGAGAGGCGAGCGGGGAUUUCUGUCGGCCCUGGUGCCCCUGAGCGCGGAGUCAUGAAUGGCUUCACGCCUGAGGAGAUGAGCCGUGGCGGGGAUGCGGCCGCCGCAGUGGCCGCCGUGGUUGCUGCCGCCGCAGCCGCAGCCGCUUCGGCAGGGAACGGGGCCGGGGCGGGCGCCGGGGCUGAGGUGCCCGGCGCCGGGGCCGUCUCGGCGGCUGGGCCCCCAGGAGCGGCUGGACCGGGCCCCGGGCAACUGUGCUGUCUGCGGGAGGACGGUGAGCGGUGCGGCCGGGCGGCAGGCAACGCCAGCUUCAGCAAGAGGAUCCAGAAGAGCAUCUCCCAGAAGAAGGUGAAGAUCGAGCUGGAUAAGAGCGUACGGCAUCUUUACAUUUGUGAUUACCAUAAAAACUUAAUUCAGAGUGUUCGAAACAGAAGAAAGAGAAAAGGGAGUGAUGAUGAUGGAGGAGAUUCACCCGUUCAAGAUAUUGAUACUCCAGAGGUUGAUUUAUACCAAUUACAAGUAAAUACACUUAGGAGAUACAAAAGACACUUCAAACUACCAACCAGACCAGGACUUAAUAAAGCUCAACUUGUUGAGAUAGUUGGUUGCCACUUUAGGUCUAUUCCAGUGAAUGAAAAAGACACCUUAACAUAUUUCAUCUACUCAGUGAAGAAUGACAAGAACAAAUCAGAUCUCAAGGUUGAUAGUGGUGUUCACUAGGAGAGAUGGAAUUGAGACUAAGACUUGGAUAUUCAGAUGUUAAGACUGUUUACUGUUUUUUCACAUGUAGAAAUAAAUGUUCCUUGUGUAUUUUUUCUACAGAGGAUUUUCUCUGAUUUUAUUUUCUUUGUUUCUGACUCUAAUAAUUAGUUGGAAACUCAUAUUAAAUGAGCUUUCCUAGACUAACGCAUAUUUUAAAUAAAGGUUAUUACUAUUA